AUGCUUGAUCCUGGACCGACUCCGUCUCAUACACGAAAUACAAGUUACCAGGGAAGCUCAAGGCAGCCAGAGGAACUGGAAGCUAUAGAGAAAGAUACACCCAGAUCACGCGAGCGACAUGAUUCAAGAGAGCAACUAAGACCGCAAUGGAUCGCCAAGGGAUAUUACGAUGUGAACCCAUGGUAUAACCAAAAGAAAGCAAAGCCGAAUUUCAGUUUGGGGCAACCUCUUCCCCGCAUGGUGCGAUGGGAUAAGUCUACAUCUCAUGAGGAUGGGGUGAAGCCCAAUGACGAUCUGGCUGAGUUAGGGGGAGUGUCUUCGGGCCAGACCUCAGAGUCGGGGAGUGAAGCCAGCCUCAGGAAGAAGGGAAAGCACCAUCGACAGACGCCUGCGGGAGUCACACUAGGUGGAAGGUUCAACGACGCUGGUCAACCUGUACAUGAAUACAUUCCAUCGAAUAAUCAGUUGGAAACGCAAGCCGACUCAGGAGCAGAGAAGCAGAAAAUCGAUGGUCCAGACUUUGGGAUUGACAGCGAGCCGCUUGGAAAGCGCGAAAAGGACGAAGCCGAGAAGCCCAACAGUAACUUAGACGAUUACAGGAACUGGUGGGCGAGAUUCCGUGCGAAACACCCCGAGCCCCUUGCCGAGUUUCUUGCCACAUUCGCAGCAGUGUUCCUCGGCUUAGCUGGCAAUCUCUCGGUGUAUCUCUCGGCAAACCAGGCCGAGAAAUACGGUACAUACGAGACCUCAUGCUGGACUUGGGGGUUCGCGUGGAUGUUCGGCAUCUACCUAGGAGGCGGUGUCUCGGGAGCUCACAUGAACCCCGCCAUAUCGAUCUCGUUAUCCAUCUUCCGUGGCUUCCCAUGGCGACAAUGCAGUGUCUACGUCAUCGCCCAGUUCAUCGCAAGUUUCGUGGCUGCAGCCCUGGCAUAUGGCGUCUACCAGGACGCUAUCCACUUCGCCGACCCGAGGAUGGAGAGCACUGCCAAGGCUCUCUUCUCGAGCCCGAAUAUUUCAGUAUCGCUUGGCACUGCUUGCUUCAGUCAAAUGGUGGGCAGUGCUGUCAUGAUGGUUGCUGUGUUCGCUUUGGGCGAUGACCAAAAUAAUCCUCCGGGUGCUGGGAUGCACGCUUUGAUUCUCGGAUUGCUCGUCAGCACUCUCCGGUUCUCGCUUGGGUAUAAUAUAGGGUCAUCAUUCAAUCCGGCUUCUGACUUUGGGCCUCGCGUGAUAGCCUACGCUUUCGGGUAUCGAGAAGCGACAGUAUUUAGUACGGGAUGGUGGAUUUACGGGCCAUGGCUAUCAACCUUGGCUGGCUCAUUGAUCGGGUGCUCGAUAUACGACUCCUUCAUCUUUGUAGGGUCGGAAAGUCCUAUCAAUUAUCGCGCCCCUGAAAAAUAUAGGAAACGAGCAAAGAGGAUGGUCAAUUUAGAUAAAUAA